AUGGCAAGCCCUGAACAUGCCCAAGACGCGCCCGUGUCGAGCCCGACUGCAACGCCCACGACAUCUCCAGGUCCGUCACCGGUACCUCCGCCAGUACCCGUUGAGACCCAUCCAAAUCGUGGUAUCUUCAAGCAGUCCAAGCCUGCCGGGCCUGUCACUGCCCGACUUGCGCCAGGCGAUGCCUACAAGACAACCUCCCCGCCACGGUUGAAGCCGCUCACAGAGAUACAUGGAUCUGCCGCUGCUGCCGCCGCCGCCGCAGCUCUUCGACCCGCGGUCGCAUCACUGCGUGCUCCUCCGGCCAUACCUCCAGUUGCGGCUCGUCUCGCCGAGGAGAGAAGAAGAAAUGCUAGCAGGCGCAGGAGACCUCCUCGAGUUUGGAAGAAGCUGCUGUGGAUCAAGCAGCAUGGCUUUCCAGACAACUACACUGACACUGAAACCUUCCUGGACCAUCUGCAGCUGAAUCCCAAGCUACGCCCCUACGAGUUCUGGCCCUUGGUCGCAGACUCUACUGUCAUCGUCCAGCAUGUCUGCUCCGUCACCAUAUUCGUUUCUGCGUAUGCUGGUAUUUACCAAGACCGACUCUCACCAACGACAGUCGUCGCAUGGGGCACGGCAAUGACGGUCCUUGGUUGGUUUCUCUGGGAUGGCUGGACGGGACAGCGAGAUGCACGCAUGGAUGGGACGGGCGUCGCGAAGGUCACACACGACAAGGACGAAGCGUCGAGCACGAGCUCCGGAGGUGUCUCGAUGCCUGUGACCAAUAAUGGCACUGCUAACGGUCACGCGUAUGUCAAGCCGAAAGGUGGCAUAUAUGGACCAAGCGUAUCGACUACCAGUUUGGCCUCUCAACUUGGCGAGACCAAAGGUCAUGGUCACUCGUUGUCGAACCCGUCUAUUCAAUCGAUCUCUCCUAUCGAAAGUCCGCAAACCGAAGCAGCUGAACCCUUCCCCAGACUGGAGCCAACGACUUCACGCACGUUCCCAACACCAGCACUAUCUACAUCGCCGACCACUCUGCCGCAGUCCAUCUCACCGCGCAAUCAGGCGAGGCUGAAAACAUUCAAGUCGGCACUGCUGAUCUACUUUGCACUACUCGGUCUAUCCCCAAUCCUGAAGUCGCUCACCAAGUCGACGUCAUCAGACUCGAUUUGGGCGCUUGCAACAUGGUUGCUUAUUAUCAACAUCUUCUUCUUCGACUAUCGUAGUCUCACGCCGAGCAAGAGUUCGAAAGGUGCACAACCUCCGCCUCUCACGCGGCCCCGGACUGACCCCGACGGCCUCACCCUGCCUGCAGACGCAGAGUCAAUCUCAUCAGCCAGUAUUCCCUCUCCUGUCCGCGCCCCGCCCUUCCCCUCGUCGCUUUCGACCAAUGCUGGACUGAUGGCGUCAACUGUGCUGGCGUCUCGACUGCCCUCUACGAGUUCAGUCUUCAGCUUGACGCUUUUCAGCAUCCAGGUUUUUGGCCUGUUUCCGGUCUUUCGCCGGCACCUACGAAGUAUAUCAUUGCCUCUGCAUGUUCUGCUGACGAUGGCACUCAUCUUACUAUCCACUGCCUCGCUAAAUCUUAUCCUGUCCAAGUCCUACACACACACGUAUGGCGACUGCGGAUACUGCUGGGCUUGGCUGUGGCACGUAACCUCGCGAGGUAUUUUGGGCAUGAUACUGUUCGGAGGCACUACGAUAUUCAUCAUGGGCGCCUGUAGCUGGUGGCUUAUUGGCCUUCAGCGGUACAAGAAUGUGGUCAUUGGACCGUGGGAUCCUGCGAAGCCUGUGCUUGCUGGAGGGUACGGCCGCAGAGGCACAGAUGCUUGA